UUUUCUUUAGAAAAUUUUCGAAUUUUUUUCGGGUUUUUUAAAAUUUUUAUUUAUUUUAUUUAUUCUUUUAUUGUUUUUCAGGCUAUUUUUCGUUUGUUAAAUAAAGCUUAUACUAUAAUGGCAAGGUCAGAAUCAUUUUUUGAUGCUGAAUUGCCAAAUGAUCCAAGUAGCAGUUAUCGGCACGUAUCAACUACAAAUUACAAUAAUUAUGUGGAGGAUGAAGAAGAUAUUGGAUUAGAUUAUGGAGUGGAAGUUAACGAUGAGAAUGAUGAUUUGGGGUUUGGGGAUGAUGAAGAAGAAGAUGAUUUGGGCCUUUUACCACCUGGACCGCCUAGUAGACAUUUUGGCAAUUAUGAAGAGGUGGAGGAAGAUGAUGAAAUUGGUUUGAAUAGAAUGCCUCCUAUGCCUGAUGAAGAGGACGAUAUUUUUGGCGACCCCAAUACUUCAACUCCAGCUCCUCAAGAUCCAACAAUUAACAAUGAUAACGUCAAUUAUGGUAUGAUGAAUGUGCCAUUUACUGAUUUUGCAAAAGAAGUUGUUUACACGGUGGCUUCAAAGGUAUUUUAUUUAGUUAACGUGAUACAAUAA